AUGGAAACUUCAACCACCGCAAAGGACCAUGACGUGACCACAGAAUAUGACCAUGGGGACCAGACCCUGCAUGACACGGUAGAAGAGAGGACCUUUGGGGCCCAGCUGCUGCCCCCCUUGUACUCGGCGGUGUUUGUCAUAGGCCUGAUCGGCAACAUCCUAAUGUUGCUGGUCCUCGUGAAAUACAAGAGGCUCAAAAAGGUAACUGACAUCUACCUCUUCAACCUGGCCAUUUCUGACCUCAUCUUCCUCUUCACACUGCCCUUCUGGAUUGACUACAAGGUGAAGGAUGACUGGGUUUUCGGUGAGGCCAUGUGCAAGUUGCUCUCUGGGCUGUUCUUCAUUGGCUUGUACAGUGAGAUCUUCUUCAUCAUGCUGCUGACCAUUCACAGGACCGUGUCGCUUAGCCGCACCUCGUCUCACCUAAGGGUUUGUACCCCCACCUUCGUGUCAUCACCACCAGUGUCACCUGGGUCUUGGCCAUCUUGGCUUCUGUCCCUGUCUUCUACUUUUCUAAGACCCAGUUGUGGUUCACCCACUACACCUGCAGUCUUCAUUUUCCUCCUGAAAGCUUCAGAAGGUGGAGGCAGUUCCUGGCUCUGA